GAAGCCGUGGCUGAAGUUGGGAGAAGUGGGUCAUUGCGCAAGCGAGUCUGUCACAUCGCUCUCCGUGUUGCUGGUCUCGUGGUGCUUCUAACCAAACCUAGUGCCAGGUCAGUGGGCUCCACGACCAAAGUUGGUCCUCCUGUGAAUCGCCGGUUCUGGUUGUGAUGCUCUAGGUCACAACGAGUGUGAACACACGCUAUCUAUGGGCCUGCUCUGACUCGUCCAGCCUGCUUAUGGGGGAAGGUGACACCAUCUGGGCCCCAUCUGUCCUUCCUCACGGCACCCUCGGCACCUUGAGCCACCACCCCCAGCUACAUUUUGGAAGAAAGAUGGAGUCCAAGGUCUCAGAAGGUGGCCUGAACGUGACGCUGACCAUCCGCCUGCUCAUGCACGGAAAGGAAGUUGGCAGCAUCAUCGGGAAGAAAGGAGAGACCGUGAAGAAGAUGCGUGAAGAGAGCGGGGCAAGGAUCAACAUCUCGGAAGGAAACUGCCCAGAAAGAAUCGUGACCAUCACGGGCCCGACAGACGCCAUCUUCAAGGCCUUUGCCAUGAUCGCCUACAAGUUUGAGGAGGACAUCAUUAACUGCAUGACCAACAGCCCGGCCACCAGCAAGCCCCCGGUGACGCUGAGGUUGGUGGUCCCCGCCAGCCAGUGCGGGUCCCUGAUCGGCAAAGGCGGCUCCAAGAUCAAGGAGAUCAGGGAGUCCACAGGUGCCCAGGUCCAGGUGGCCGGGGACAUGCUGCCCAACUCCACGGAGCGGGCAGUGACCAUCUCGGGGACCCCCGACGCCAUCAUCCAGUGUGUCAAGCAGAUCUGUGUGGUCAUGCUGGAGUCCCCACCGAAAGGUGCCACCAUUCCCUACCGCCCAAAGCCCGCCUCCACCCCUGUCAUUUUUGCAGGUGGUCAGGCCUACACGAUCCAGGGACAGUACGCCAUCCCCCACCCAGAUCAGUUGACCAAGCUCCACCAGCUGGCCAUGCAGCAAACCCCCUUUCCUCCCCUCGGACAGACCAACCCCGCUUUCCCCGGAGAAAAGCUGCCUUUACACUCCUCCGAAGAAGCUCAAAAUCUGAUGGGCCAGUCGUCAGGUCUGGACGCCAGCCCCCCCGCCAGCACUCACGAGCUCACCAUUCCCAAUGAUCUAAUAGGCUGCAUAAUUGGACGCCAGGGGACCAAAAUCAAUGAAAUUCGACAGAUGUCUGGAGCGCAGAUCAAAAUCGCCAAUGCCACGGAGGGGUCGUCAGAGCGCCAGAUCACCAUCACGGGGACCCCGGCCAACAUCAGCCUUGCCCAGUACCUCAUCAACGCCAGGCUGACGUCCGAGGUCACCGGGAUGGGCGCGCUCUAACCCCGCCGGCGUCCCCACCACUCGCCUGUGCAGACCGCCCACCCCCUCGCAGAUAUAGAGGUUUCUUUACUACAGAAGGUGUCUGUGCCCUAGAGAUGCACCCACAGCGCUCCAUCUGUGUCUGUGAGCCCCCGGCUCCACCCCGACGCUGCUCCAACUUCACUUACGCCCGUCUCCUCACGCGUUGGCAUGCCGUGUUCAUUAUUUUAAAUGCUUUGGGGCCACUCCCAUCUGUGACGUUUUAGAAACGUUGUUCCUUAGUGUCCGUGUAACUGUUGUUUUAAGACUUGGUUUGACAUUUGGACGGCGCUUCCAGCAGCCGUCCCCUCCAAGCCCCAGGAGCUGUGGCCGCAGGGAGCUGCCCCUCCCCGGUCCCUCGGCCUCGGCUCCCGUGGCCACACGGGUCAGCGCCGGGCAGGGUGCACGUCUCCCUUUGUCCGAGGGUAGGAGAAAGGAAGGCUCGGGGUCCUGACCCGGGGUGCGGGGCGAAGCGGGGAUGCUGGGCCCCGGGCGUCUUCGGGGCUGAGAGUGGGGACCGGCCGGAGGCGUCUCCGCACCGCGUCCCGGCUCAAUAAACGUGUGCGCUGCCCCUCGGUUCUGGCCCCUCUCUGUGCCC